GGACACACACCACUUAAAGCAAGAGCAUCAGUGAACCUCUUUGGGAUUCAUCUUUUAAUUUUUUAUUAUUAAAUUUUUUUUUUUUUAAAAAAAAAAUUUAAAAAAAAAAAAAAUUGACCAAUCGUAGGCCGCCAUGUAUCGUAGGACCCGCACUACAGUGAUGAAUUUUAAGAGAGAAGGUAUCACGCAGAAGAAGCGAGACGAACCGAGUUCAUCGCUUUAACUUUUUUUAAUAUUUUUUUUCCUCGUAAAACGUGUGAUUCUCUCCUUUAAACCUCUAAUGCGCAUGGCCUUAGCAUAUGCUACAUGCACCAGUUUCACGUUGAAUCCAUUUUUAUUUUAUUUCAAUGAUCGAUAUUUGAAAAUAGUUAAAUAACUUGUGAUUCGCAUCGGUUUGCGCUAACUGAUGAUUACAUUUUAGAUUAUCAAAGUUCGAUCGAGCAGAUGAUCAAUGUUUAUGUUUCCCUUCCCCACAGAUUUUUCGGACACAUGAUCAUCUGAACGUAACAUAGAUUUGAUUACCAGAUACAUUACGUAUAGACUCUUUGAAGCCACAAAAACUCCUCUAUUCACAAGAUGCCGUGCCACGACUGGAGUUUCAGUAAGCUCACAGGCGCAAUUUCUGAAUCUCUCCAUAGCAUAUUUGCAAAAAUGUACAUCUCUGUAAGGUGGUAAAAUGUGUUAAACUUGUAUAAAUAUAAAUAUGAUAAAAUGUCUAUAAAAUAUAAGAAUUAUAUUUUUUUUUAUAUACAUAUACAAGAACGGAUCAGAUAUCUAUCUUCAAAUUUUUUUAAUAUUUAUAGUCUUUUUAUUUUUACAGAUAUUAAAUAUUAGUAUUUAUUUUGUUUUAUAGAAUCACAAAUUUUCAGAUUUUAAGAAUUGAAACUAAACGGGCGGAUAGCUUAGCUUAGUACGCAGUGCUAGAAAAUAAACGUUCUUCGUUGUUCACAUGGAUGCGGAGUUGCCAAUUUGGUUUACAAAGUCAACAUGAGUUUGUAAAUUAAUGCUUGUUGUCAAAAAAAAAAAAGAAUUGAAACUAAACUAAUUAACAUAUCAAAUAAAAUUUCAGGAAUAUUUUGUCCACCCUUAAAAGAAAUACUAAUUGAUUGAAGAAUUCCUCCUUUUAUAAACUGAAAAGAAAAGAUAAAGGGUUCAACGUUGUGGACCAACAAAAAUUGAUGGUCAAUACAUCUAUAUAAAUUCGCCUUCUAAUCAACAUCAAAGAAAAAUUCCAAAUUUACUUCUUUUAUUUUUGGGCUUAUUUGCUAAAUAACUAAAAAAAUAUAUAAAAAUUAGAUUUGUAGAUAGAAUGAACAGAGAGAGAUUUUGGUCAGUUAAUGAAUUUAUGUUUUUUCUAUGGUUAAUUUUCCUUUAACUUUUUGCUUAAAUUCCGACAAUAAUGAAGUUGAUAUAUGUAAUUGCUAGGAAGCUGUAACUUGGACUUAAACUUUUUCAACGUAAAAUUAUUGGAUGGAGAUAAAAGUCAUGGAAGAAUAUUCAAAGAUUGAUCAACAAUGUGCUUAUUUAGCUGAUGGAAACAGAUCUACAUUGAGCAGGGAGACAAAUAUGAGGUGUGCACUACUGUGGACUCAUAUCUCACUGCUACUUAUCUUGAUCCUUAAUUCAGCAGAUCUCACUGCUUCGAGAUCUUGUCCAACUCACUGUGGAAGAAUCUUGAUACCGUAUCCUUUCGGGGUUGGGAAAGGUUGCUAUCUCAACGAGUGGUUUGAAAUUCAGUGCAACAGUUCUACUUCCGGAGAGCUCGUCCCGUAUCUAAUCAAGAUUAACAAACAAGUUGUGAGAAUCGAUCUUCCAGUUCUAUAUGCUUCUCUAACCCCGCCCUUUCCGUACGGGUCACUCAAAAUCAGAACCAGCAUAAUGUCCACCGGAUGUUCCAACAAGAGCAGCAGCAGCAGCAGCAGGUUAGGAAGAAUAUUUGGUGAGCCUUUGGAUUUUACGGGCUCCCCGUUCACCAUUGGCCGUUCCAACAAACUGGUAGCUGUUGGCUGCGACAACAUGGCCACAUUGACAAAUCUUGAGCCUAGACUCGUGGGAUGCAUAUCGAGUUGUGGAUCAAGAAAGAAAGGGGAUAAAUCAAGUUGCAAUGGUUACAGAUGCUGCCAAGCAGACACUCCUGAGGAGGUAGGACACGUAAUCGGUGUUAGUAUAGAGAACAACCCUCCCAUUUACACAAGUGGCUGUAGAGUAGCCUUUAUAACAGACGAAUUUAACGAAAACUCACGAGUGUUCCCUGUGGCCAAAUUAACUGAUCCGCUAUGGUUUUACAAUAGACAAUAUGUUACAGUCCAACUACGAUGGGUGAUUCCGAUGAUGCAUCUUUCAUUUAUCAAGUCUCUGGGAUGCGAAGAUGUAGAAGUAUCCAAACGGGGCAAUGACUCUAUUCCUUGUCUAUGCUUCAACGCUACAAAUUAUGAUAUUCCCGAGCUGUCAUGUAUUUGCAAAAGCGGUACCAAAGGUAACCCAUAUCACUUGGACGGAUGCACAGACAUUGACGAGUGUCAACUUUACAAGAGACGUGAAAAUUUCGCAUGUGGUGAGACCGCCACUUGUGUGAAUAAUAUGGGUGGCUAUGACUGUGUGGAAAAGAAAAACAAGACUUUGCCAAUUGUUAUAGGGUUUAGUGUAGGUAUUGGUGUGUUGGUCUUUGUUGGUGUAAGCUUUUGGUUAUACAAAUUUAUCAAAAGCAGAAGGAAACUCAACCGCAAAAGAAAGUAUUUCAAACGUAACGGAGGUCUAUUGUUGCAACAACAAUUGAUUUCAAAUGAAGGUAGAAUCAAGGAGACAAUAGUGUUCAAUUCCAAAGAAUUGGAGAAAGCUACCGAGAACUUUAGUUUAAACAGAGUGCUUGGGCAAGGUGGUCAGGGUACUGUAUACAAGGGAAUGCUUGAAGAUGGUCGGAUCGUAGCAGUGAAAAAGUCUAAAGUUGUGGACGAAGACAAGUUGGAAGAAUUCAUCAACGAAGUUGUCAUUCUAUCGCAAAUCAACCAUAGAAACAUUGUGAAACUCUUAGGCUGUUGCCUCGAGACCAACGUGCCGCUUCUAGUUUACGAGUUCAUUCCCAAUGGUAAUCUUUUCGAGCAUCUUCAUGAUCAGUUUGAUGAUUACACAAUGACCACUUGGGAAGUGCGUUUGCGCAUAGCCAUAGACAUCGCUGGAGCUCUCUCGUACCUUCACUCGGCUGCUUCGUCUCCGAUUUAUCACCGAGACAUCAAAUCUACAAACAUAAUGUUGGAUGAAAAAUAUCGAGCCAAGGUGUCUGACUUCGGCACUUCGAGAUCGGUAACAGUUGAUCAUACCCAUCUGACUACAGUUGUUUCAGGUACGGUCGGAUACGUGGAUCCCGAAUACUUCCAGUCUAGCCAAUUCACCGACAAAAGCGACGUAUAUAGCUUCGGAGUGGUGCUCGUAGAGCUCAUUACUGGAGAGAAACCAGUCUCUUUUUUGCGGUCUCAAGAAAACAGAACAUUGGCAACUUAUUUCAUUCUUGCAGUGAAAGAGGACAAACUCGUCAACAUUAUUGACCCUCGGAUCAGAGAUGAUUGCAAACUAGAGCAAGUCAUGGCGGCAGCAGUACUUGCGAGGAGAUGUCUGAACCUUAAUGGAAAAAAACGACCAAGCAUGAGAGAAGUAUCAAUGGAAUUAGAGAGAAUUCGUUCACCAACUGGAGGUUCACAGUCCCAGGCUCAUAUCGUCGACAACGACCUAGAGGAUGCAGUAGCUGUGGAGCUUAACAUUGGCGUACAAUCAAGCAACUACGUAGGUGUUACUGCUCCUGCAAAGUUUCAAGACGAUGUUGGCUCAACUUCAGAUGCCCAACCUUUAUGUCCUCGUCAAACAUGGUGACCACCGGGAUAGUUAAUUUCUUGAUAAUAAAUUUUGGAAUAGAUGCAUUAUUCUAUAUAUUUUUAUAUGAACUCGCUACUGUAUGAUUUUCAAUCUAAGUUUAAAAUAAUCCUAUAUUAUGUGCUUUUCUAA